AUGGAUUUAUUAAUACAACCGGAAAGUCGAGGGAUCCGAUACGAAGGUUAUGAUAACGAUUUCAUUCAGUGUAUUUUCGAAGAUGCUAAUGUAUCCGGUCGCAAUGAACGAUAUGAAUUUAGAUGUCGACCUAAUUUGAAGUGUUGUGGACGAGUAUGUUGUAUACCUCAAGAAACUGUAGUUCCUCUCUGGUUGAUAAUAUUAUUUAUAAUAUUAGGAUUACUUCUUCUCUCGGCUCUUCUCGGUACAAUAAUUUGGUUCUUUAGGAAAAUUACAAAGCAAAACAAAUCUUCGGACAAAGCAAAGCUAAGAAGGACAGCCAAUCAAUAUGGCUAUCAUUCUUAUAAGCAGAAUGAAUCACAAGAAGGACUUGGCACAGAAAAUCUGAUCCGGAAAGAAAAGGACGAUUUGUACAGUGCACCAAAUGAAGUUGGAACUACGCAUUCUACGCGUGGAAGUCGCGGUUAUCGCAAUCCAUUAUAUACCACAACUACUAGUACAGUAAAAAUUCGCGAAACAUUCGAUCGAACAAUCGAUGAUGGUAAUGUAUACGACAAAGCUGGAACUGGUACAGAUACAGGUACCGGUACCGGUGGUGAAACAACCGGUCGAUCGGAAACGACUGUAGAUAGUGAAGGACGAAAGCAAUUAAAUACGGCAGGAAUACGACGUGACGAAUAUCAAGUAGCAGAACCAACGCCAUCUACCACAUAUAGCGCGCCACGAUCAUCAUCGGAGCAUUACUCGACCCGAGAAACAUUCGAGGAACGAUGUGAAGAGAAUUACGUUGUAGAAAAAGAAACUGACACGAAAGAAUUAUUAUGA